AAACCAAAAAGAGAUAAUCGAAAUUAUAUAUAUUUUUUAAAUUUAGAUUAAAUAAUAAGAGAAAUGUUUUACUUUUUCCAAAGUCGUCUCUCUCUCUCUCUCUCCAAGUUUUGUGAAUCCACCGUUCAACGUGACGAUGAAGAAAGAGAAGACCCGUCGUUCAAAUCUCUGUCAUCAUCGUUCGUUUCUCAACAACAUUAACCCCAAACCUGCGGUUAGGGUUUUACCUUCUUCUAUUCAAUUUCUUCAAUCCUCUCAUCUUUUCGCGACAACAUGUCUCUACCGGAUUCUCUCGCGUCUUCUUCUUCUUCUCCGCCUGUGACCCGUGAAGAAACCGGGUAUAAUCGCUUUGAACAUCACGGCCACGAUUCCGGUUUUGAUCAUCGUGAUCGUCCACCAUGGAAUCGUUCUGAGUACGAUUACCGCCAUGGAAGCAUUGUUGCAUCUGAAAGCGUGAGGAACAAUUCGACUUCGGAAGACCCUUGGUCUUGCGUUGUCGUCGUUGCUACCUUCUGUAUCUUCGUUUCGAUGACUUUGAUUCUGGGGCUUUAUGGAACAACGAAUGUCUGGUUGGGACCAAACUCUUCGUUUCUUAUUAAGCCAACUUCUGUGUUCGUCCAAAAUGUUAUUGUGGAAGAAUUAGGGAACAAGGGAUCUGGUUUGAUUCUGUAUGGAUUGAACCAAGCCCCACAGCUUGAUGUUCUGACUAAAUGGUCUGAAGUUCACUAUCUAGCUGUGCCAAAUGAUUCUUACAAGUAUUGGAUACAGUAUUUGAACAAGGGGUCACGCGUAAGAGUUUCAUACAAUGUUGAAUCUGUGGGUUCUUCCCUAUAUCUUGUGAUAGCUCAAGGUGUGGACGGGCUCUCUGAGUGGGUACAAGACCCUACGCGUCCAGACACUACACUGUCAUGGCAUAUAAUCUCUGAUAGUGGUUACAUUGAGCUGGACAUAACUAAGUCGUCGAGUUAUUACGUUGCAGUAGGCAACGUAUACCUGAAUGAAGUGAAGGCUACGAUUGACAUUCAAGUUGAGGGGGUAUUGUAUGAUACUACAAAUGCUUAUUACAAUUGCUCUUUCCCUAACGACAAGUGCACUCUAAGUGUUCCAUUAUUUGGAACUAAUGCUGCUGUACUAACCUCACCAGGUCCAAAGCUGAACAAUUCUAAGAAUGAGUUCUGCGCAAAACUCUCAUAUGAACCAAGGUGGAUUGCAUACAUAGUUUGCAUGGGUGUAGUGACAGCACUCUUGUUAAUUGUCUCUAGUCUCUUCAAUAAACGACAACCAGUCACUGAAGAUGAAACCGUUGAUGAAAAUGAUGAUGUAGCUCCUCUAAUUCCGGGAAAAGACGAUGAUAACUCGAGCUGGUGCUCGUCCUACAGUUCUAUCUUGACAAGUACUGAGGAAUUGGAAGGCGGACAUGGUGAAGGCCACAGUAGUACAAGAUAUCUAUGUGCAAUUUGCUAUGAUGCGCCUAGAGACUGUUUCUUCCUCUCUUGUGGACACUGCGUUGCUUGCUUACAGUGCGGGACACGGAUAGCUGAAACUUCUGGUUUUUGUCCGGUAUGCCGUAAGAAGAUCAGGAAGCCCUCAUACAGCAUCUACGCUAAACCACCUCGAUUUCAUUCCUGUUUUGAUUACAGAACUGUGAUAAGCAUUGAUCCUAAUCCGCGUUUUCAGCGCUGUGAAGUUCAGGAAGAUAUAUCGCCAGAUGUUACUAAGUCUUCAAGCAACCUACGUAAGCAGCUUCAAUCAAGUUCCAAGAUGCGAUUCCUCCACAAGCGCAAAGCUUUUAAAAAGAAGAAGACGAAGUAGAUGCUCGUGAACAAGCCACCACCUAAGGUUCUUGAGAUAUGACGCUUUCUCUUUCUCGCCUUGUUCUUUAAGAUACGUAUCUUAAUUAAACUUGCUUUAUUAU